CCUGGUGGACUUCCUCAUGCAGCUGGAGGACUACACGCCCACCAUCCCGGAUGCUGUCACGGGCUAUUACCUCAACCGAGCCGGCUUUGAGGCCUCCGACCCGCGCAUCAUCCGCCUGAUCUCGCUGGCCGCGCAGAAGUUCAUCUCGGACAUUGCCAACGACGCCCUGCAGCACUGCAAGAUGAAGGGCACGGCCUCGGGCAGCUCCCGCAACAAGAGCAAGGACAAGAAGUACACGCUGACCAUGGAGGACCUGACCCCGGCACUCGCUGAGUACGGCAUCAACGUGAAGAAGCCGCAUUACUUCACCUAGUGCCUGCGCCACAGGCCUGCCGCAGCCGGGCCUGGGCAGAGGGGCAGGACCCUGUCUGUCAUUAAACCAUGGACUUCG